UUUUACCGGUGUCACGUGACUUCUUGGCAGCUUGCCCUCCGUUCUUCUUGCUGUAGUUAAAGAUGCUGCCCUGUCUGUUAAUGUCACCAGUUAGACAAAGACGAUAAACAAAGGACACAACAAGGUUGGAUUAGGCAGACGGCCUUUUGUCUCCGAGUGGCACCACUUACACCUGUGGACAGAAUGGAGAGCAACGCAGAAACCAGGAAUCUGAACGCUCAGCCUGAGGGUUCCCCAGCCAUCUCAAAACCCAAAGAGAGCAUGCAGCUCAAAAAGGAAAUCUCUCUGGUGAACGGCGUCAGCCUCAUAGUGGGGAACAUGAUCGGCUCGGGCAUUUUUGUGUCGCCAAAGGGCGUUCUAAUCUACAGCGCCUCCUAUGGACUGUCUCUAGUUAUCUGGGCCAUCGGCGGCAUCUUUUCAAUAGUGGGUGCACUCUGUUACGCCGAGCUCGGCACAACAAUCACAAAGUCUGGCGCCAGCUACGCGUACAUCCUGGAGUCGUUCGGAGGCUUCAUAGCAUUUAUACGUUUAUGGACAUCACUGCUUAUCAUCGAACCAACAAGCCAGGCUGUAAUUGCCAUAACUUUUGCCAACUACUUGGUUCAGCCGCUCUUCCCCACCUGCGAGCCUCCGUAUUCUGCUUCUCGGCUCAUUGCUGCAGCUUGUAUUUGCCUGCUGACCUUUAUUAAUUCCGCUUAUGUUAAGUGGGGUACCAGGGUGCAGGAUGUCUUCACUUAUGCCAAAGUGCUGGCCCUCAUCGUCAUUAUUAUCACGGGGAUAGUGAAACUGUGCCAAGGUUUCACAAUGAACUUUGAAGAUUCUUUCCAAGGCUCAUCUCGUGACCCAGGAGAUAUCGCUUUGGCAUUGUACUCGGCUCUUUUCUCAUACUCGGGCUGGGACACUCUCAACUUCGUCACAGAAGAGAUUAAAAACCCUGAAAGGAACCUUCCUCUCUCCAUUGCAAUCUCCAUGCCGAUAGUUACGAUUAUCUACAUCCUCACAAACGUGGCUUAUUACGCCGUUCUGGACAUGAGUGCCAUCUUCGCCAGUGAUGCUGUCGCUGUGACAUUUGCUGACCACACUUUGGGAGUGAUGAGUUGGACCAUCCCCAUUGCUGUUGCUUUAUCUUGUUACGGAGGUCUUAACGCUUCUAUCAUUGCUGCAUCCAGGUUGUUCUUUGUGGGAGCUCGAGAAGGUCAUCUUCCAGAUGCUUUGUCUAUGAUUCACGUGGAGAGAUUCACACCAGUUCCUGCUCUGCUGUUUAAUUGUGCCAUGGCCCUGAUCUACCUUACAGUGGAGGAUGUUUUCCAGUUAAUUAACUAUUAUAGCUUCAGUUACUGGUUUUUUGUUGGCCUGUCUAUUGCCGGGCAGAUAUAUCUUCGCUGGAAAGAACCAGACAGACCCCGACCACUGAAGCUGAGUCUGCUGUAUCCCAUCAUCUUCUGCUUGUGUGUUGUGUUCCUGGUGGCUGUGCCACUUUAUUCUGACACCCUCAACUCACUCAUUGGAAUUGCUAUUGCCCUCUCUGGAGUGCCUGUUUACUUCUUGGGUAUCUACCUGCCAGAGUCCAAGCGCCCGCCCAUAAUCACUAAACUGUUACGUGCCAUCACCCGUUUCACCCAGUUCACCUGUUUUUGUGUGCUCACUGACUUAGACACUGUUGAUUAGAACACCUGCAAAGCCACUGGUUCGGGGGGGGAAGAGGCCAAUAUCUGGACCAACGGGAAAAAGAUCUUCCACACUUUUAAAGACACAGAUGCACUCUUAAUGUCACUGCGUUUGGAUUCUUUUUUUGUUGUUAUAAAAGGGAUCUGCUAAGGCCACAGUGCACUGCAGUAUUAGAAAUACGACCUUGAGAACGGUAUGGUAUGAAAAAGAAGGCCAUUUCGAAGCUCUGGUUCAAAAUGGCGCUCAUGAUGCAAACACUAUCUGUAUUCCUCUCAGAGAAACGAGGACAUAACGUGUGCCAUUAUGAAGAACAUGGUCAAUAAUUAGAUUAUUUAUGCAACACGUCUCCUUUUUUUUUUUUUUUUUAAUCUAACAUGAUUUUAAAGUCUAGUUUAAAAAAUGUCUAUCAGUUCAUCCAAUUUUUUUUUAAGUGAGAGAUUUUAUUUUCAUUUUCUUUAUUGUGAUUUCCUUCGCGCGAAUGUGUCAGUUCUCUUACAGUAACGGAGAGGUCGGUUAUGUUUAACUGCCCUCAUGCCUUAGGUGGUUUUUAGAGGGAAGGUGACUACAUGCAUUUGAACGUUGAAAUCUGCUGCUGUGCUUCUGUACGUGUAGAAGCAUCACAUGUUUGCUUGUGGAAGAGAUUAGGAAGGAAUAAAAGGUGAAGAGUACAUCAGAUGUGCUGGAAACAUGUCAAACAAAUUCAGGAAUGUUUAAGCGUCUCUGUACUUGGUUUGGACCACUAUCUGUUUUUGAAUGUACAAUCAUUCAGUUUUUAGAAAAUCAUGCUUACGUGUCCAUUGGCCAAACAAGCAAUAGCCUACAUUACUGGUAAAAUAUCCCAAUAAUCUCAGGAUGGAUGUCCAGACUUGAUUAAACCAGGUCACUCUGAAAAAUGUUUACCUUGAAGCACGAAACACACUGAAUAGCUUUCAAACUAUUGUUAUUUACCUUUACGUAAAAGUGUUUCUAUUAAUUUAUUGGAAAGAAUAUCAAUAAAACCUUUUUUUCUAUCAGACAAGAACUGUUUGAAUAAAGGAGUCAUGAGAUUCA